ACAUUCUCCAAUGGCCAAACGCAUGAUUUCACGUUCCCUUCUUUCUUCUGUCAAAAGCUCUUACCCCCAAAAUUUUCCCUCAUUUUUUCACCAUCCAAUCACCACUAAAAUCUCAUCUCUUAAACCCCUUUCGUUUUUCUCCUCAUUUUCCAGCUACCAUCAACCAACCCACCCCACUUCGCCUGCCCUUUUCAGACUAACCCACAAAGACUUGCUCUCCCCGACCGAAAUCCUCAAAAUCUUUGACAAUCUUAAAGAUCCAAACUCCCUCAUUUCAGUCCUAGCCCAAUACUCAGCUCGCAAGGAUUAUAAACCAACUGAACCUCUCUUCACUUUGCUCAUCAACAAGCUCGCAUAUGCCCAGCAUUUUGAUUCCAUUGAAAAUAUAAUGGAAAAGCUCAAACGUGAAAAAGCCUGUCGUUUAUCCGAUGAAUUCUUCCACAAUGUGAUUAAAAAGUAUGGGCAUAUCGGAUGUCGAAUCAAAAGGGCAAUCGAGAUCCUUUUUAGCAUGCCAGAAUAUGGGACUUGGCCUAGUGUUAAAACCUUCAAUAUCGUAUUGAGCUUACUCGUAUCGAACAAACUAUUUGAUGUUGUUCACGAGGUUUAUGGGAAAGCUCCCAAUUUGGGUGUUGAAAUCGAAGCUUGUACUCUGAAUAUUCUCAUUAAAGGGUUGUGUGAAAAUGGGAAAUUAGAGUUUGCAUUCCAACUGCUCGAUGAGUUUCCUAAACAAAGGUGUAAGCCUAAUGUUAGAACUUAUUCUACUUUAAUGCACGGGUUGUGCGAUAAAGGGAAGGUUGAUGAAGCUUUUGAGUUGAUGGGGAGGAUGGAAACGGAAGGAAUCGAUGCUGAUGCUGUUAGCUUUAAUAUCUUGAUUUCAGGUCUUAGGAAACACGGUAGGAUUGAUGAAGGUGUGAAGCUGUUAGAAAUUAUGAAAAAGGAAGGGUGUUAUCCCAAUGCAGGGUCUUAUCAAGAGGUGUUGUAUGGUUUGCUUGAUGCUGCGAGGUUUAUGGAAGCAAAGGAGAUUAUGGGGAGAAUGGUUUUUGAGAGGGUUAAUCCUAGUUUUGAUUCAUACAAGAAGUUGAUUCAUGGUUUUUGUAAGGGGAAGAUGGUAAAGGAAGUUGAUUGGGCUUUGAAACAAAUGGUACGCCAUGGUUUUGUUCCAAAAAUGGGAAUGUGGAUUCAGAUUGUUGACUGUGUUUUUGCAAGGAAUGAGAACAACACUUGUGAUUGCAGUUUACUUGGUGAAAUCAUCAAUAGCUAGCAGCAAUGCGAUGUUAAAUCAGUUAUCUUGCGGGUUCAGCUUAUGUUACUUGAGCACGGGUAAUAAGAACAACACUUGUGAUUGCGGUUUACUUGAAGUCGUCAAAAGCUAGCAGCAGAGAUAUAAAUAGCAAUAGCAACUUCACCCUGUUGCCAUCCCUAUGAUAUUAUUAAUUAAAUUGUUUUUCUAGACUAUAUUAGUAUACUCACUUAAUUC